AUGAAUGGUGAAUUAGAAAAUUCGGGUGAAGCAGACUUUUCUUCGUUUAGUUCGUUUCGACCAUAUCCAAGUGAUGAAUCCGAAACAGAAGACGACCAGGAUUCAAGCUCUAGAGAAGAAUCAGAUGAAGAGAUAUCUGUUCCUGAAAUCGGUAAUAACAAUCUUCGUGAAGCCGGUUCUACAAGUGAUACACAAGCUGAGGAUCUGAUGUCAAUAAAUGCAAAAACAACUCAAUGGAACUACAUUCGCUCAGAAGAAAAUCCAGCUGAUUGUGCAUCCAGAGGAGUUGAGCCCAGCAAGCUGUUGCAAUUGCACAUUUGGUGGAGAGGCCCAGAUUGGCUAUCUAUAGAUUUUAACUUAUGGCCGAUUUCCACAGAAAAAAAGGAUUUUGAAGAUUUACCUGAAAGGAGAAAGCAGCCUGUUGUUGCCAAUGUAAUGUGUGUGAUGGAAUCACUUUUUGACAAACUUGCCAAACGAGUCUCAUACUGGUUUAAAGUAAUUCGAAUCGUUGCUGUUUUUGUUCGCCGUGCGAGAAAUGGUAAAUUUCCUCCACAGGAACGUAUAAAAAGUUUCUUGCGAUCUGAAGAAUUGCUUUACGCUAAACGAAAAUGCCUUUUAUGGGCUCAAGAAGAGUUUUACGAAGAGAUACAAUCCUUAAAAACAAAAAAUUAUGUCUCUACACGAUCUAAACUGGCAUCCUUAUCACCGUUUCUGGAUGAUAUUGGGCUACUUCGCGUUGGGGGAAGAAUUUGCAAUGCAGUCAAUGUUUAUUUUAUCCUAAAACACCCUAUAAUAUUGCCUAAAGGUCAUCCGGUCUCCAUUUGGAUUCUGCAGGAUGCUCAUAUUAAAUUUCUUCAUGCAGGUGUAUCGGAAUUGUUUUCUCUAGUACGGCAGGAGUUUUGCAUUUUUGGAUGCAGAAACCAUAUAAGAAAAAUUGUACAUGGUUGUAUGGCAUGUUUUCGACAACGUAAAGCUACAACAACACAACUCAUGGGAAACUUGCCUUCUUCAAGACUUUCCCCAUCUUUUGCUUUCGACCGAACGGGCUGUGACUAUGCUGGACCAAUAACUCUUCGAAUCGCCAGAGGUAGAAAUCCAAAGUACACGAAAGGAUACUUCGCAUUAUUUGUUUGUAUGGCGACAAAGGCUUUACAUUUGGAAGUCGUCAGCGAUUUAUCUAAGGAUGCAUUUUUAGCGGCGCUGAGGCGAUUUAUUGCUAGAAGAGGAAAAUGCAGCAUCAUUUACUCCGACAAUGGCACCAAUUUUCAAGGAGCUGCACCUCCAACGUGUAGUAGGGAAUAA